AUGGACGGCGACUGGUCCAAGGACGGCGGAGGCGGCGAGCCGACCAAGUACCGCGGCGUGCGGCGGCGGCCCUGGGGCAAGUACGCUGCGGAGAUCCGCGACUCGAGCCGCCACGGCGUCCGCAUCUGGCUCGGCACCUUCGACACCGCCGAGGAAGCCGCCAGGGCGUACGACCGCUCCGCCUACUCCAUGCGCGGCGCCAACGCCGUGCUCAACUUCCCGGAGGACGCGGCCGUCUACGCCGCCGCCUCCCGCGGCUCCGGGUCCUCCGGGUCUUCCUCGUCCAGGCAGCAGCAGCAGCCCCAGCAGGGCUCUGGCGGCAGGGACGUGAUCGAGUUCGAGUACCUCGACGACGAGGUGCUGCAGGAGAUGCUCAGGAACCACGAGCCCUCGUCGUCUGCGCGGAAGAAGAAGUAG